AUGAUGAGCUCCGACCUUGGGCUCGACCCAUCAGACCCUCUCAACCUCCUUCUACAUAACAACUCUCAGAGCGGGGACUCUUCCAUGGACGAAUCAUCUUCAUCUCAAAGCGAAGGCGGGAGUCCUCCAGACUGGUCCCAACUCACUUCUAUGUGGAACGAUAAUGAGGGCGCAGGCGGCAUUAAGUCGUACUCAGAACUUUUGGACUUUUCAGACCUUACAUCGCUGCCUAUGGACAUAGAUUUCAACCAGUCUAUGGUUAUUGAACCCAGCGCCCUCCAUUAUGAUCCUAUGAAAUUCAAUCAACAACUCUGUUACGACGACCCAUCCGUUUACAACAUGUCGAACGAAUUUCUGGCUUCACAGUUCCCUUUUACCUUCCAAUCGGCUUUCGAUGGAAAUAUAUCCUCUGCUUCCUCCUCUGCAUCGCCGGAACUUUUUCAUAAAGAGCGGAGGUUGAGCAUUACCUCUUCGUCUUCGUCCUCUGGAGCCUCCUUAUCGCCUGUUCCUGAAUCAACGUCAAGUCUAGUGCUGGGAUACACAAGUGAUUCUUCCCAACCCCAAACCAAACAAGAGUCUGUUUGCGGAGAUGAACCACUCUCCUUUAAUGAGGACCCCGCCGCAGAGCUUGCGCAUCGCGUUCGACAAUCAGCUGGCGUGCUACUUGCCGUCCCCAAAGAUGCCCAAAUCCAGAGCCACAGUAUGAACACCCAAGCUGGUCUCCCAACUACAUGUCCUUCCCAAAAGCUUCCCAUUCCCCGCCUCCAACGACGUCCCUCAACCAAAGCCUCCAGUCCUUCCUCUUCUUCAUCCGCAGCGUCAACCCCUCCUCCAUCAACCCCACCCACAUCGUCCUUCCUUCCUCCCAAGCUCUCUAUCAAUCCUAACCUUACUCCUUCCGUCGAGUCAUCCACUGCCACAACCCCCACAACUGCACAACCAACUAUGGUAGGCCCACGUCCCAAAACCAGCCACACCACCAUCGAGCGCCGAUAUCGCACGAACCUAAAUGCUCGUAUACAAAGCUUGCGCAUGGCUGUACCCGCUCUUCGAGUCUUGGAAGAUAAAGAGGGCGGAAACGGCAAGAAGAUCAAGAAGAACGUCAAAGGUGGCGUUUUUGUGAAAGGCUCUGGGAUCAAUAUUCCCGACAGCGAGGACGGUACGGUCAUCGAUGUGAUUGACGAGCGAGGGUUCGUAGACGGUGUCAAGGUUGCACGCAAGUGCAGCAAAGCCAACGUCCUUGGGAAAGCCGUCGAAUACAUCCGAGUCUUGAAAAAGAGGGAGAACAGACUGAAAGCCGAGCAAGCGGGAUUGAAGACUCUUGUAGCUGGCCUUGUUGGGGGCCCUGCCCUUUUGAAGGAAUGGGAGCGCGAGUGGAGGCAGCGUUUUGGCGGAGAAGAGAAGGAUGAAGUAGAGGGCGAUGAUAUCGAGGGUGAUGAUGAGGAGAGUGAUGAGGAGGAUGGGGACGAAGGGGACGAAGAGCUUGGAAGGAAGCGUAAACGACCUAAAUUCCCUGGCGUACCGAAGAAAGCGGUGGCUGAGAGGAAAGCUUCGACGCCUGCUACGGGUGGUGAUUCGGGUGUCCCUGAGAAGAGGAAACGCGGUAGACCGAGGAAGGCCGUUCCCCCUCCUGCUACUGCGGCUACAGUCGUCUCUCCAUUGGCACCCCUGCCCCAAACCCAACCACAAGACCAGACGAUGCUCUCGUCCCAGGAACAGUGGAUACAAGUACACCAACAGCAACAACAAUCACAACCACAACAAUACCUCCUCGCCGUCUUUGCCCUCUUCUCCUUCUUCAACUCCCCACUUACCUCGUCCUCAUCUCGCGCGUCAGGUCAUCAUCAACAUACAGGGACGGUGUUGACCUCGCUACAUCCUCCACUAGCCUACGCCCCCGAGAUUAUAUCCCAGUUCGCUGCCCCCUCGUCAUCGCCUGUUGUUCCCGGUGCAGAUGGAUGGGGUUGGAAGGAAUACGUGCAGAUGUUCCAUCUUUUUGUGUCUAUCGUCGUUUUGGCGAGUUUUGUGCUCAGUUGGGCGGGCAUAACGUUGGGGAUGGGGAGGAGUCGUAGUGUUUCUUUUACACCUACUAAUGUUGGCGCGAAGAAACAACGGAGGAAAGAGGAGGUGGUUGAUUGGAUUAGUGUAGGUGAUGAGUGUAUCUUGGCAGGAAAUUCGCCAUCGGUGUCAUUAUACACCCGCUGGAAAGUCUACCGCGCUAUUUCUCUCCAACCGUCAUCAUCCAUGGCCUCCAUCAGCUCGCUUGCCAUGCUCGUCUAUGGCGCAUCCGGCAUUCCUGGCGGUCUCGCUCGAGCGAAGGCGCGUUCUUUAUGGGACUCUGCCAAGGCACAUGCUUUGUCUCCCGUUCUGACAGGCCACAGUACCAAGAAACAAGCACUGGCAUUCGAGGUUCUCGUUCUGGAGUCUAUGGACGUAACAGAGGCCGUUGAACGGCUUUCCGAAGCUUCAGAGCGGGAGAAGAAGGGUGAUGCGGGGAGGACGUAUAAGCCUAUUGAGGUGCUUGGGUGUUUGCUCGUCAAACAGCGUGUUAAGCAGCAUCUUGGGGAACUCUUCGUCGACUCUGUCUAUGGAAGUCAAUCGGAGAAAUACAACGACAAGGAAUCUGUGAAACGGAAGCAAGGUGAGAUGAGGCGGACUAUUGACGCUGCUCGUGAACUUGGUGGGCAGGUUGAGGAGCUGGGGAGGGUGUUGGAGAAAGUGUGGAAGACACCUGGGGCUGCUCUUGACCACAUCAACCUCAACCUCGACAAAGACGUCGACGUUUCACAGGCACAAGAUAGCGUGGACGCCCAGAUCAACGCGUUACUUUCCGCGCUUGUCUUACACCGCCGUGUGUUCUCGGAUCCAUUACACCUGGCGGGGUGUUCGUCGGCUUUGUUGAGUCCUCCUCCAAGCCCGACGUUGAGAUCGGGGAGUAAGGGCACUAGGAUGGUUCAUGCGCUUCGGCAGGCGCUUGGGAGUAGGGUGUUUGAGAAUGCAGAGGACGGGGCGGAGGGAGAAGGGGAGGAAGGAGGGAGGCUGGAGGACGCGCGUGAUAGGGUUGUUGAUCUUAUUGUUGAGAUGGAGAGGAGUAGUCGGGGUGCGUCGGCGGCUCUUUAG